CACAAAUGUAAAGUGUCACAAAAGGUCGUCGUCGUCACAUGCACUCUCCAUCUUCUUCUUCUUCUCCAGCAACAUUUUGUCUCACAGUCACAGCCAUGUCGGAGAACCAAAAUCCAAGCCUUCACCCCCGAGACGAGGACGGCUGCACUGGCCUCCUCUCCUCUUAUCUCGGCCUCAGCUUUGCACUCUUUCUCGGGACAUUCCCCAACCGCACAAUCCCACUACUCCAAACCCUCCAAACCCAGAACAAGGCUCUGGCCUUCCGCCUCCUACGGGCCGAGGAAGAGCUCCGCCAGCUCCACUCGCGGCGAAAGGAGGACUCCAAGGCCAACGCCAGGGUCGUUGAGAUCUUCGCUUCCCACAGGCACGCCUGGCAACAGGAAGAGAAGCGGCUGCUGCAGCAGAUCGACGAUUGCAGCGACGAGAUCGCCUAUCUCAAGGCCAAAAUCGAGGGUCUCGAAGGGGAGGAGGCUGACCUCAACUCCAGAAUUGACGAUUUGAAGCGGGAAAUUGGCGAGCGGGAUGAGAUGCUGAGUUUUGUGAGUAGCAGCAAUUGCGAGAUGGAAACCAGGGUUCCCGAUGCCUGCUGCUACGCCGAUUUGGGGCUCAGAUUCGGCAAACAGGCUAGGAUUUCGGAUUUGGAUUUGGCCACCGAGGAUUGCUAUGAUGAAAAUGGAGUCGAUGAUUUGGGGCAUCUAUUUCAGCACAACAACAAUGGAGGAUAUCCCUCAGAUUUCUUGAGCUCUGCUGCUGCUGCUGCUGCUCCUAAUUUCUGGUCGGAGAAAGCAUCUCUUUGGCAGGAUAUGCAAUAUGAACCUGUGGAACCACUUUACCACAUGAAGCAUUUUACGUCUAGAAGGGAAUCCCCUUGGAAGGUUGAUGGCGACUCAACUGGGGUUUCUACUAAAUUGAAAUUGCUUGAGCAAGAACUGAUGAAUUUAGAACGGGUUGGGAAAGCGGAUUUGUCGAAGCUUCCAUCACAAAUGCGGAAACAAGCGAAACGGUACCAAGCAUUGGCUGGAAAAAUUGAUGAUCUUUGCCGGAGAAUGCAAGCUAGCGAUCCAUGUGAGUCCACCCUCAGCUCAGAGUUCCGAACACAAAGACAAACCGAGUUCUUGCUGGAAGCCUUUCGACUGCAGCAGCGAGCGUCCGAGACCAAUCAGAAGCUGAUGUCGUUACAAGCUGAGAGCACAAAGAAUUACCAUGGAGGGGAGGUGGAAUGCCAUGCCAAGCUAGCCACGCGGCGAUCACUUGACUCCAUCAGGAACAACUUUAAAGAAAUCCAAAGGAACUUGGAGAUUUGGUUGGCAAGAAUCAUAGGUGACCUUGAAGGCAUCCUGGCACGGGAUGGUGCUUCCCGUGUCAGGGAGUAUUAUCUCUCCAGGUUCCCAUUGGUUCAGUAGCAUCAAAUUACUGAUCUGCUUGAUGAUGUUGGUGGUUCGUCUUCUUGCCGCUGGAGAAGCAGAAAGAAUGCCCCCGUCUGACGCUUGGUGGACCUUACCAGCAGCAACUUUCUUUAUGUACACACAUAAUACGCAAGGUUCGGGCAUAUGCCAUGUGAGUAUGCCCGCAUUUGGACAGGACUGGGAUGCGAUAAAAUUGGGAAAGUUUGGAGGAGGAAGAAGAAAAUUGGAAGGUGUUUAUGAAGGUGAAGAAAAGGACCAGAAAGUGGAGGUUUGUCUGGUUCUGGAGAUGAGAAUGAUGAUGCUGGAAUGACACAAUUGAAGAUGUUGAUAGACUGACAGAGAGUAAGAGUCGAGACGAGACGAGACACUCACCUCACUAGUGGUUAUUGUCCAAAGUGAGGUUUGAUUCUUAUUUGAUAUUUGGAUUGGUUGGUUGGUGGGUAGUACUUAGAUUUUAAUUAUUGGAAUUAUUAAAUUCAAGAGAAGUUACUUGAGCAUUUUUAAUUAAUCAUUAUGAAAGAUAUUGUAUGAAAAUGAUGAUCUCAUCCAUAUCUUUGUUCUUCUAAUAGAGCUAGUAUGUAGUAUAUAGGUAGGUAUUUGUGUGUUAAUACUUUUACUAUGUGUGCUGUGACUGUGAUGUGUCAUCAAACGUCCAUUGUAGACCUUACCCUUGUGCGUUUUACUUACUUGUACAAUGGAUGAGAUGUAUAAUAAUAAUAAUAAUAAUUACUCUA